AAACUCAACGUUUGGUUUCUCCUCUUCCUAUUCCAAUCAUAGAUAUCAUCAGUUAAUUAACAUCCCGUUGAAGAACAAAAAAGAUGGCAAUCAUUCUCCAAUCUUCAAGUUUCUUGAUUUCAUGUAAUUCUGUUCCCUCAACAUCAUCUUGCAGUUGUAGGAGAGGAUUGAUUAGAGCGAGUAUUAAUAUUCCAAAUAAUCAGAAACAUAAAAUCUCCCUUCCAAAGAUUCAAAGAAGAGAGAGAUCAGUGCAGGAACAGGAGUUGAUUAGUCGUUUUUCAACCAUAAGCACUGGUAGCAGCCCAAUUGAAAAACAGUUUAGCCCUUCAAAAAAAAUUGAUUCUUUGGUUAUCGAGAAGCUUUACGCAAUCAAGGAGGCAGUUGCAGAUAGAGUGGAGAUGCAUAGAAAUAUUGGAGAACAGAGAAGCCAGUGGAACAAUAUGCUUUUGACAUCUAUUAAUGGGAUUACACUAGCUGCUGCUACAAUGGUUGGAAUUGCAGCCAGUAAUGGUGAUUCUGUUUUGGGAUUAAAAAUGUCAUCCACUUUGAUGUAUUUGGCUGCUACAGCCAUGUUGGUGACCAUGAACCAAAUUCAACCAUCCCAACUUGCUGAAGAACAAAGAAAUGCAUCAAGACUUUUUCAAGAUCUCCAUAACCAAAUCGAAACAACUUUAUCAAUCGGUCAUCCUUCUGCUAUUGAUGUGAAAGCAGCUAUGGACAAAGUAUUGGCUCUUGACAAGGCCUAUCCAUUACCUCUUCUUGGAGUAAUGCUAGAGAAAUUUCCAUCUUCUGUCGAACCUGCUGUUUGGUGGCCUCAACAAUUUCGAAGACAGCUCAAAAGAGUAAGUGAUAAUACCGAAAACAAGUGGAAUGGAUGGAACGGAAAAUUAGAGGAGGAAAUGAAAGAAAUAAUGGGAGUUUUAGGCAGAAAAGACCAAGAAGAGUAUAUUAGGCUUGGAGAAAAGGCCUUGAAAUUGAACAAGUUUUUAGCCAUAUCUGGUCCUUUGCUCACAGGCCUAGCAGCAGUCGGCUCUGCAUUAGCAGGUCCUUCUACUCAUGGAUCUUGGGCAGCCAUGCUUGGCAUUGUCGGUGGCGCAUUGGCAAGUGUAGUUAACACAGUAGAGCAUGGCGGACAAGUUGGAAUGUUAUUCGAGAUGUAUAGGAGCAACGCUGGUUUCUUCCAGUACAUGCAGGAAUCUAUUGAAUCUAACUUGACAGAAACAGAAAUGGAUAGAAGAGAAAAUGGUGAGGUGUUUGAAAUGAAGUUGGCACUGAAGUUAGGAAGGAGCUUAUCAGACCUGAGAGAUCUUGCUGCUUCUUCUUCAUAUAAAGCAGAAGAUUUAGAUGAGUUUGCGAGCAAGCUUUUUUAGAGUAGCUAUUCAAGCAUCGACAAAAUUGUUUAUGCGAGUAGGACUAACUCAUUCUUUGAUUGAAUUAUUGACUCUUGGCCAUGUGCAAAUUAAAUGGCUUGCUCGAUUAUUAAUUAUUUUUUGACUCAAUAUUGGGAAUGAAACACUAAAUCAUUUAAAUUUUAAUUUCCUACCCCUGAAUUCAACCUCUA